AAAAAACAAAAACCAACGACAGGUGGAAUAAAUUAUUUUAUUCCCAUUACUGAUCCUUAUAUCGUUCUAUUUUGAAAGUUUUGAAUAAAGUUUAUUAAUUAAGAAAUUUCAAAAAUGGUGUCUGUGGAAACUAUUGGAUCAAUUUUCAUCAAGUGCGCUAAAUUGGUCUUGAACCUGAUCAUCAUUAUUUUAUAUAGAAUCGGAGAUGGUGGUGAAUUCUUGGGUAUUGGUGGAACAUGGAACCUCAAUGAAGAAAAGAGUCCAGAUUGUGAAAUUGUGGCAUCUGGUGUUUUUGUUGGAUUCUUUAUUUACACAGCCGUUCAUUUGAUUGCCUAUUCAUUUGGUACAACCAAACACAAGCGUGAAUUAUCCGACACAAUAAUGAAUGUUGUUGGAACAUUUAUGUGGAUUGCAGUUGGUGGUACUGCACUUCACUACUGGAAGGGAUAUAUGUCAGAUCAAGGAUUUUUGUAUGUUGCAUCUGAACGUCAAGUUGGUAUUGCUAUGGGAUCACUUUGUGUCAUAGAAGGAGCACUUUAUCUGGCAGAUACAGUUUUGGCAUUUGUACAUUUUGCGAAAGGUGACUCAGAAUACCAAUAAACAAAAAUGCAAUUUGAUGAAACAUCAAAAAAACAUAGAAUAAGACAAGAUAUCUUGUAAUUCAUAUACAAUAGAUUGGAUUAAGUUCAAAUUAAAUUUAAAAUAAGAAUACAUAGAAUUUUUAUAUGCACUGUGCGUAGCCAUUACUUUUACCCUUUUUUAUUCAAUUUAACUUUAACUAUACCACAUUUUUGUAGAGAAGAAAAAUAAUAAAAACAAAAACAAAAUUAGCUUAAGAAAAA